AGUUUUCUCUUUCAAGUAUAUUUGAAAUUAAUAAUGAUUUCAGAUAAUUUUACUUUGAAACAUAUUAUUAAGUGGAGACUAGAAUGUUUCAUCAAAAUUUCCAAUUAGUCAACUGAAGUGUACAGUAAAAGAAAAAGGUAAGAGUUAUUGAAAAUGGCUGCAGACUGUAAACAUUAGAUACAUUAGAUAAAUAGUAAAUAAAUUAUCAUUCAGUUAUGUAAUAUUAUGUAGUUACAUAAUUGCUCUCAUAUGUCUUGCAAGUUAUUUUGAGUUUGAGUGUUAUUCGAUUAUAAUAGAAUUGUGUCAUCAAAUGUGCUCUUUUGUUUUUUUUCGGUCGCAGUCACUGAACUUGCGCCCAAAAAUGCGCCAUCGAUAUUACACAAGCUUUUCUGUAUACCCGACGAAAGCAGAACAUCGUGUGGAAUUAGUGCACGUGCUGUUCAGACAUGGAGAACGAACGCCACGCGAGGCGGAAUUGUGGCCGAAUGAUCCUCACAACGCGUCAACGUACGAACCAUGGGGCCUCGGACAGUUGACAAACCAAGGGAAAAUGAGAGAAUAUCGUAUCGGAGAAAUGUUGCGAGCACGGUAUGACAAAUUCUUAGGAGAUAUUUAUUACCCUAGCGACGUAUACGCUUACAGCUCGGAUCUCGAUCGAACAAAAAUGUCCCUUCAAUUGGUCUUGGCAGCGCUUUAUCAGCCAGCUUCGAUACAAAAAUGGAAUAAAAGUUUGCCAUGGAUGCCUAUACCAACGCACUUCAUGCCAGAGAAAGUGGACAAUCUGAUGAAACCCGAUUUCUCUCGUGUGUACUUGCGCGCAUUGAAGGAAAUUAGAGAAUCGGAAGAAGUUCAAAAUAAAAUCUCCGUGUACAAAGAUCUGUUCAAGUUUUUGUCUGAAAAAACUGGUGCAAAUAUAACUCAAACGAAUCAUGUGCUUGAAAUGUAUAAUAUGCUGACGGCACAGAAAAGCAUGAAUCUUGUAUUACCAGAAUGGUGUACCGACGAAAUGUACAAAAACCUGCAGAUCAUUGUAAAAUGCGAGUACACGAUUCGUUCUUACACGCCGCAACUGAGACGACUGAACGGUGGUACACUCGUCAAAAGGUUUCUUGACAACAUGGAAAAUAACAAAAAACGUGAUAGACCGCGUAAGAUUUAUUUGUAUAGCGGGCAUGAAACAAAUAUUGCAGGAUUCGCUAGAGCGCACAAUGUCACGGAGCCGGAACUACCAAAUUACGGAUGUGCGAUUAUAGUUGAGAAAUUACGGGAUCACGCUGGAAAGGAGUUUAUUAGGAUGUUGCUAUGGACUGGAGUUACGGAAGAAUUGAUACCUUAUAAAUUUGCGGGUUGCGACGAAGUCUGUCCGAUCGAAAAGUAUUUGGAACUAGUCAAGGAUGCCAUUCCAUUGGAAGAAGAAUGGAACAAUAUGUGGGUGUAUUUAUCUAAGAAAGAUCUUUAUAAUCUUUUCAAAGAAAAAAUAAGAUCUAACUAAACUGAUCACACAAUCGACACGAUAAGACGCUUAGAAAUAUUGUAUUAAAAAAAUGACAUAUACAAAGAUGUUAUUUUUUGUUAAAUAUAUUCGACCAGAAAUAAAAGUAUUUUAAAUAAUGA